AUGAACGGAACCACUGGAACCUCUUCAGCGUAUUUCUGGUCUGAGUGUGAUCCUUAUGAUGAUGGUGAUGGUGCUGGUAAAUUAGGAGGACCUUCGGCAGGCCUCCUCGUCAUCUUCUUCACCUACUGCUUUGAAUUCCUCGUCGGCGCCCCGUCAAACCUCUGGCUCAUCUGUCGCAUCCUCAGGCAAAGGUCAAAGGUCACCGGCGUCCCUCCUGCAGACUUUUUCCUCCUCCACCUGGCCCUCACCCAGCUGUCCUUCUACCUGGCCUUGCCUAUAUUCUUUGCCAAUCACUUUCUGUGGCAGAGCAACAACGUGGCGAUCGUGGUGACUUUCCUGACCUCGAUGGUUAUCGUUAUGAAGCCGCUGCUCCUCUGUCUGGCGUGUGUGGAGAGGUACAUGGCUGUGCUGCGACCCCUCGACUAUCCACGGUUCAAGGCGCGUCGGUACAGAUGGGGAUGUUUGGGUGUCUCAUGGUGCAUUUACUUCAUCAUGGCUUCCGUUUUUCUUAUUGAGCGCACUGCUACCGCAGUUUGUGUGGUAUUCCUCCCCGUUCUGGUCAUAGACACCUUCUGCAGCCUGUCUGUUCUCAAAACGUUAAAAAAACCUCCACCGGGGGGCAGAGAGGUGACGGAGAAGAAGAGGAAAGGGCUGGCAGUGAGGAUGGAGGAGGGAGAGCAGAGGAAAGAAGGAAAGAGGGAGCAAAAGGUGAAGAAAGUUGGGGGGAAAGGAGAGAUGAACUCCAUGAAGAAGAAAGCCUUCAUCACCAUUGCCAUCAUCCAGGCUGUCCUCACACUCAACUACCUCCCCGUCAUCAUCACCUUGCCUAUGGAUGGAUUCGUUCCAGCUCGUACCCUGAAGUGUCAGUACUGGCCCAUGGGUGUAGCUGCUGCAGCCAGCUGUAGCUACGUGCAGCCUCUGCUCUACCUGCACAGACUGGGCCGGCUGCCAUGUACGAUGACAUCACAAAACACCUAG